CUCUCUCUCUCUCUCUCUCUCUCUCUCUCUCUCUCUCUCUCACUCUCACCCUCACGUUGCCUCGCUCACUCCCUCUCACCGCUACAAACAGUCUGCCUCGCUUUACCUACGUACUUCUGCAGGAGCCAAAGUCAGGAUGCACAAAAAAGUGUUCCUCGUGGUAGUGGCGGUGAUGGUGGUGGUGACGCUCGCUCAGGCAGCAAAGAUCAAGUGCUACGUGUGCUCUGGCUACGACUCCAACGUGGCGGAGGACAAGCUGACCAACAACAAGAACUGCCCCCAGGAACACUUCGACCAGUCCAAGAUCAACACGGUGGAGGCGGAUGUGUGUCAAGCCAUAGUGCUGAGAACUGGCGAAAACACGACCACGGCGCGAAGUGAGUUGGGUGCUCAGCUGAAGGAGUCCAACACGAGGGAGGCAGUCACACACAUCGAAGGUUACUACUGCAUGACUGACCUGUGUAAUGACCAUGACCCUUCCGCCGCCCCACCUUCCCCCGCCCUCCACCUGGCCCUCCCGCUCCUCGCCCUCCUCCCUGUGCUCCUCUACCGGACUUAAAGACGCAGGAAAUGUCACUGUUUUGCUUGUCAUUGGUGCAUAAUCUUUCGUCACUGCUAAGUUGAGUUCUUAUACUAAGCUGUGUUAUUUUCUGGUCACUGUUUACCUUUUUUUUUCUUUUUCACUGUUGCAUAAACUUUUCAUCUCUGUUAAGUUUAAAUUUUCACACAAAACUGUUCUAGAUUUCUGUGGUCUACAUUUUUUUUUUCUCUUUCUCUCUUGUCUAUUCGUCUCUUGGCUUAGAACUGACAAAUAUUUACUUUUUUUUCUUUUCCACUGCUACACAAACUUUCCUUAUCAAUAACUUUUUUUCUAACUCAGCUCUCUGAUUUUUCUGUGGUAUAAAAGGAAGACAGAAAACAGUCUCCCAUUCUCUGUCUCUCUCUCUCGUCUUCUUUGUUUCCUUGGCGGCAGAGAACUGUCCCCAUUAAUUAAGCCAUUACGUAUUGUAUAGCAUAUUACGGGAUUCAGUAAUUUUUUCUCUCAUUGACUUUAUUGUAACUAACUCAUGGCUGAUCUCAGGAAGUAUGGAAGGUGUGAGCAGUAGAGUAAAAAUAAGAAGUGUAGUUAAUAUAAUAAUGAAAAAAGAAAUAAAAACAACCUACAUAGAAAACGAACUCACCCACUGGAUUUUUAAGGAGGACUACGAAGAAUGUAAGUGGGCGGGUAAAUGCGAUUGUACAAGUAAACUGAUUGACUGAGUGAUUGUACAAGUAAACUGAUUGACUGACUGAUUGUACAAGUAAACUGAUUGACUGA